GCCAAGAGGCCCAACUCCAAACCGCCCACUUCCGAUCCUCUCCUCCGACGACGAGGGAGAUGGGCUCGAUGGAGUUGUCCACCGCGCCGGAGAACGGCACCGCCGCCGCGUGCAACGGCACGGCCGCCCCGCCCAACGGCGGGGUGGAGAGGAGGCUGAGGUCUUCGUCCACGUCCGCGGCGUGGGGUUCGCAUCUGCCGCUGGAGGUGGGCACGCGCGUGAUGUGCCGGUGGCGCGACCAGAAGCCCCACCCCGUCAAGGUCAUCGAACGCCGGAAGUCAUCCUCCUACUCCUCCCCAGCGGACUACGAGUACUAUGUCCAUUACACGGAGUUCAACAGGAGGCUUGAUGAGUGGGUCAAACUUGAACAACUUGAUCUUGAGACUGUCGAGGCCGAUGUUGAUGAGAAGGUAGAAGAUAAGGCAACAAGUUUGAAGAUGACACGACACCAGAAGCGCAAAAUCGAUGAAACACACGUGGAGCAAGGUCACGAGGAGCUUGAUGCUGCUAGCUUGCGGGAACAUGAGGAGUUCACAAAGGUGAAAAAUAUAGCGAAGAUAGAACUUGGGAAAUAUGAGAUAGAUACCUGGUAUUUCUCUCCUUUCCCACCAGAGUACAAUGACUCUGCAAAGCUGUUUUUCUGCGAGUUUUGCCUGAACUUCAUGAAGCGCAAAGAACAGCUCCAGAGGCAUAUGAAGAAGUGUGAUCUUAAGCAUCCUCCAGGUGAUGAAAUCUACAGAUGUGGAACUUUAUCGAUGUUUGAGGUUGAUGGCAAGAAGAACAAGGUUUACGGACAGAACCUAUGCUAUCUGGCCAAGCUAUUUCUGGAUCACAAAACACUUUACUAUGAUGUGGAUUUGUUCUUGUUUUAUAUCCUAUGUGAAUGUGAUGAUCGAGGAUGUCAUAUGGUGGGAUAUUUCUCGAAGGAGAAGCACUCCGAGGAAUCUUAUAAUUUGGCUUGCAUUCUCACUCUCCCUCCAUAUCAAAGAAAAGGAUAUGGAAAAUUCCUGAUUGCUUUCUCUUAUGAGCUUUCUAAAAAGGAAGGUAAAGUGGGGACACCGGAGCGUCCUCUUUCAGAUCUUGGUCUACUCAGUUAUAGAGGUUAUUGGACUAGAGUGCUUCUGGAAAUUUUGAAGAAACAUAAGAGCAACAUAUCCAUUAAGGAGCUUAGCGACAUGACGGCGAUAAAAGCGGAUGACAUCUUGAGCACGCUGCAGAGUCUGGACUUGAUCCAGUACCGGAAAGGGCAGCACGUUAUCUGUGCGGAUCCAAAGGUCCUUGACCGCCACCUCAAGGCUGCGGGCCGGGGAGGCCUCGACGUGGACGUUAGCAAGCUGAUCUGGACACCGUACAAAGAACAAGGCUAAGCGCAUCUUGCAUGGCAUGUCAAAUUAGAUAAGCUGACCAAUCCAGUCAUGUAUAUAUUUUACUAGGAGCUUUCUCUCUCCCUCCUCUCUUGCGUACUGUGACUGCAGCCUUGUGUAACAUCACAUUGUUGUAUCUCCAUAUGGUUUGUCAAUCUUUAACGGAGCAACAGUUAAUAAUUUUGUCACUUUUACAGUCCA